AUGUCCAGGCUGUUUACUAUCUAUCUAUCAGUCUAUUUAUAUCUAUCUCAGUCCAUUCAUAUCUAUCUAUCUCAGUCUAAUCAUUAUCUAUCUAUCUAUCUAUCUAUCUAUCUAUCUAUCUAUCUAUCUAUCUAUCUCAGUCUGUUCAUAUCUAUCUAUCUCAGUCUAAUCAUAUCUAUCUAUCUAUAUAUCUAUCCAUCUAUCUAUCUCAGUCUAUUCAUAUCUAUCUAUCUCAGUCCAUUCAUAUCUAUCUAUCUCAGUCUAAUCAUAUCUAUCUAUCUAUCUAUCUAUCUAUCUCAGUCUAUUCAUAUCUAUCUGUCUCAGUCUGUUCAUAUCUAUCUAUCUAUAUAUCUAUCCAUCUAUCUCAGUCUAUUCAUAUCUAUCUAUCUCAGUCUAAUCAUAUCUAUCUAUCUAUCUAUCUAUCUAUCUAUCUAUCUAUCUAUCUCAGUCUAUUCAUAUCUAUCUGUCUCAGUCUGUUCAUAUCUAUCUAUCUAUAUAUCUAUCCAUUUAUCUAUCUCAGUCUAUUCAUAUCUAUCUAUCUCAGUCUGUUCAUAUCUAUCUAUCUAUCUAUCUAUCUAUCUAUCUAUCUAUCUAUCUAUCUAUCUAUCUCCAGCAAUACUCGAUAGGUACAUGAAAAAUUCUUCAAUCAAGCCCCUUUCAACUGGAUGUUUCAUAUGA